AUGCUCCGCAGCUUCGGCAAGAGAAUUCCAGGAGAUGGCAACACCGCUGCCACAUCAGUUGCUUACCAACUUUCUGAAACAUCCUUCAUCUACCCAAUCACACCAGCUACAACAAUGGGUGAACUCGUUGAUGCUUGGAUCGCUCAGGGACGCAAGAACAUCUGGGGCAACAAGGUCCACAUGGCCAUGAUGCAGUCUGAAGGUGGUGCUGCCGCAGCAGUCCACGGUGCUACAGCCGUUGGUGCUCUCUGCGCUACAUUCACAGCUUCACAAGGUGCUCUCCUUAUGAUCCCAGACAUGUACAAGAUUAUCGGUGAAAUGUGCCCAGCAGUCUUCCACAUCUCUGCUCGUUGCAUUGCUACAUCUGCUCUUUCCAUCUACAACGAUCACGGCGAUAUCUACGCUUGCCGUGCAACAGGCAUGCCAAUCCUUUUCUCCAAUGGUGUCCAAGAGGCUCACGAUCUCGCUGCUGUUGCUCACCUCACAACUAUCCACACAGGCCUUCCAUUCAUCCACACAUUCGAUGGCUUCCGUACAUCCCACGAAAUCAACACAUACGAAGAACUCGAUAACGAAACACUUUGGCCACUCAUCGACCAGAAGGCACUCGCUGCUUUCCGUGCUCGCUCUCUUAACCCAGAACACCCAUCUGAGCGCGGCACAAUCUGCGGCCCAGAAUACGUCUGGCAGAUGCACGAGAAGCUCCGCAAGCCAUUCCAGGCUCUCCCAACUGAAGUCGAGAAGAUGAUGAAGGCUCUCGGCGACAAGACAGGCCGUUACUACAAGCCAUACCAGUAUGCUGGCCCACGUGACCCAGAAAACGUCAUCAUCAUGAUGGGUUCUGGCUGCGAUCCAGUCGAAGAAUACAUCACAGAGCAUCCAGAGUUCAAGACAGGCCUCAUCAAGGUCCACCUCUUCCGCCCAUUCUCUGUUGAGAUGUUCAACGCUGCUAUCCCAGCCUCCGUCAAGAAGAUCUGCGUUCUCGACAAGGUUGUCGAUCCAACAGGCCCACGUGAACCACUCUUCGAAGAUGUUGCUGCUGCUCUCAUUGGCGAGCGCAACGUCAAGAUCAUCGGUGGCCGCUACGGUAUCUCAUCCCGCGACUUCGCUCCAGUCCAUGUCGAAGCUAUCGUCAAGAACCUCGCUUCCGAGCUUCCAAAGGACCGCUUCACAGUCGGCGUUGUCAACCCAGAGACACAGCUCCCACUCGGCAAGCCAUUCGAUCACCUUCCAGAAGGCACAAAGCAGUGCAUGUUCUGGGGUCUCGGCUCUGAUGGUACAGUCGGUGCUAACAAGCAGGCUAUCAAGCUUAUCGUUUCCAACACAAAGCUUUACGGCCAGGCUUACUUCGCUUACGAUGCCCACAAGUCCGGAGGUGUCACAACAUCCCACCUUCGUUUCGGUGCCAAGCCAAUCAACGCUCCAUACUACGUCCAGAACGCUGAUUACAUCGCUUGCCACAACCCAUCCUACCUCCACAAGUUCGACAUGACAAAGCAGCUCAAGAAGGGUGGUGUCUUCGUCAUCAACUUCCCAGGAUCUGCUGACCUCAACAAGGACCUUCCAGGAUCAUUCCGCAAGGCCAUCGCUGAGAAGGAUGCUAAGCUCUACACAAUCGAUGCUACUCAGAUCGCUAUCGACCUCAAGCUCCCAGGCCGUAUCAACAUGCUUAUGCAAACAGUCUUCUUCGGCCUCGCUAACAUCAUCCCAGCCGAAGAGUGCAUCGCUCUCCUUAAGAAGUCCAUUGCUAAGCAGUACGCUCGCAAGGGUAAGGAAGUCAUCCAGAAGAACUGGGACAUGGUCGACCAUGCUCUCCAGGGCCUCAAGGAGUUCAAGUACAACAAGGCUGAAUGGCUCAACGCUCCAGUCGAACCAAGACCAAAGCACGAGGGCAUCCGCCACAUCAUCGACAUGUCCAUCCUUCAGGAGGGUGAGUCCGUCUCUGUCGAUGAGAUGGUCGAAAUCGGCCUCGUUCCAAACGACACAGCCAAGUACGAGAAGCGUGGUAUCGCCGUCACAGUUCCAAAGUGGGAAGAAAAGAAGUGCAUCCAGUGCAACACCUGCGCCAUGGUCUGCCCACACGCUGUCAUCCGCCCAUUCCUUCUUACACAAGAAGAAGCUAAGGGCCUUACAACACUCAAGGCUAAGGGCAAGGAGAUCAAGAAUUACCAGUUCAGAAUCCAGAUCACACCACUCGACUGCACAGGCUGCGCAACCUGCGUCACAUCCUGCCCAACAAAGGCUCUCUCCAUGACAUACCGCAACGCCAAGCUCGAUGAGGAAGAGGGCAAGAACUGGGAUCAGUGCCUUGCUGCUCCAAACCGUGGCCACCUUCUCCCACCAACAAACGUUCGCAACGUUCAGUUCCGCCAGCCACUCAUCGAAUUCAACGGUGCUUGCCAGGGAUGCGGUGAAACAGCUAUCUGCAAGCUCCUUACACAGCUCUAUGGCGACCAGCUCUACCUUGCUAACGCUACAGGCUGCUCACUCGUUUGGGGUGCUACAUUCCCAUUCAACCCAUUCACAACAAACGAGCGCGGACACGGUCCAGCUUGGGCUAACUCCCUCUUCGAAGAUAACGCUGAAUUCGGCUACGGUAUGUUCAAGGCUGUCGAGGCCCGCCGUAACAUCACAAAGAAGCUCGUUGUCGAACUCCUCGAGUCCGGCGAAAUCAAGGGCGAGCUCAAGGAACUCUUCGAGCAACUCCUCAAGGUUUGGGAUCAGGACAAGGAAUCCGGCGAUCUCGCUGAGAAGAUCAAACCACUCCUCGCUAAGGUUCAGAACCCAUCCGAGAAGAUGUACGCUCUCCAGUCACAGGCUGACAUCCUUUCCAAGAAGCAAGUCUGGAUCGUCGGUGGUGAUGGUUGGGCUUACGAUAUCGGCUAUGGUGGCCUUGAUCACGUUCUUGCUUCUGGCGAAAACGUCAAGAUCAUCAUCUACGAUACAGAAGUUUACUCCAACACUGGUGGCCAAUGCUCUAAGGCUACAUCCCGUGGUGCUGUUGCUAACUUCUCUGCUGCUGGUUACACAAAGGCUAAGAAGGAUCUCGGUGCCAUCGCUAUGACAUACAGGAACAUCUAUGUCGCUUCAACAUGCCUUCUUGCUGAUCCAAACCAGGCUCUCAAGGCUCUCCAGGAGGCUAAGGAGUACAACGGCCCAGCUAUCAUCAUCAACUACUCUCCUUGCAUCAACCACGGUAUCAAGAAGGGACUUGGCUCAACACCAAAGCACUGCAAGGAUCUCCUCAAGACAGGUUACCUCAACCUCUUCCGUUACAACCCAGCUAAGCCAAAGCCACUCACAGUUGAUACAAAGCAGCCAGACUACAACCUCGACCCACUUGUCAAGGGCGAGAACCGUUUCGCUGCUCUUAAGGAUAUCUAUCCAAAGGAGGCUGAGACUAAGUUCCCACAACUUAUCAAUGAUAUGAAGACUCGUUACGAGGGCUACAAGAAGAUCCAGCAAACACAGUAA